GGCGGGUCACGUGGCCACGCGCGCCGACCAAUGGGCGCGCGGCGUCUCGGCCACGCCGCGCCGCUGCUGAAUUUGGCUUCGCGCAGACGGCGACCCAUCGGAGCGCAGGGGGAGAGGCGUUGUGAGGAGGUGGAGAGACCGACAUGGCCGACAUCAAGAACCACCUCUACGCGUGGUGUGGCAAGCGCAAGCUCACGCCCACCUACGAUAUCCGCUGUGGGAACAGCAAACACCGUCCCACCUUCACCUGCGAGGUUCGCGUCGAAGGCUACACCUACACCGGCAUGGGCAACUCGACAGCGAAGAAAGAUGCACAGAGCAACGCGGCGCGCGACUUCGUCAACUACCUCGUCCGCAUCGGCGAGAUGAAGCCUGAAGAGGUGCCGGCCCUCUCGGCGCCGCUGGCUCUUCCGAUGAGCAGUCCGUUGACGGAGGGGCCGCCGUCGCUGCCGGGAGAGGGGAUACUCCCUACGGGGGGUCCCCUACCCCCUCACCUCGCCCUGGGAGGGGGGCAGGGCGGAGGACUCGCCCCCCAAGGGUUUGGUGGUGGUGGCGGCGGCGGCGGCGGCUACGGCGGCGGUGGCGUUGGCGGUAGCGGCGGUGGUGCUGGCGGUGACGGUGGCUACCAGUGCGACAGAGGCAUUAACCUGAAAGAGUACUACAUAAAGAAGGAGAAGGAGGAGAACGAGGCGACGCUGGAGUCGGAGGAGGUCGACCUGAACGCCGGGCUGCACGGCAACUGGACGCUGGAGAACGCUAAGUCGCGGCUCCACCAGUACUUCCAGAAGGAGCGCAUCCAAGCUGACUACACCUACAGCCAAGUGGGGCCCGACCACAACAGGAGCUUCAUAGCCGAGAUGCAGCUCUUCAUCAAGAAGCUGGGACGAAAGAUCUUUGCGCGCGAGCACGGCUCCAACAAGAAGCUGGCGGCCCAGUCGUGCGCUCUGUCGCUGGUGCGCCAGCUCUACCACCUGGGCGUGGUGGAGCCCUUCUCAGGCCAGACCAAGAAGAAGGAGAUCGAGGCCCUGGAGCCCUUUAACGUGGUGGUCCCUCCUGAGGUGGAGGAGCAGCUGCACGGCGUGGUGCAGGAGCUGGGCCUGCAGCCUGUGCCCCCGGCGGCCAAUCCGGGGGAGGCGGUGAGCCUCACGGUGAACAAGCUGGCUCACUUUGAGCCGUCUGCACGCCAGACCUUCACCGGCGUCGUGCCCUGGUCGCCGCCGCAGAUGAACUGGAACCCGUGGACGAGCGGCAACAUCGACGAGGGUCCGCUCGCCACCGCGACCCCGGAGAUGGUCAGCAGGGAUCUGCACAGCGCCCUCAUCUACAAGAUGGAGAACGACGACAGCUACAAGCAGAUGAGCGGCGAGCGGCUUCAGCUGCCGAUGGCCGAGUUCCGUGAACAGCUGCUGACGGCGGUGCGGGAGCACUCCGUGGUGAUCGUACGCGGCCAGACGGGCUGCGGCAAAACCACGCAGGUGCCGCAGUUCAUCCUCGACCAGUUCAUCCUGGACGGCCACGGAGCCGACUGCAGCAUCGUCGUCACGCAGCCGCGCCGCAUCAGCGCCGUGUCGGUGGCCGAGCGGGUGGCCUUCGAGCGUGGCGAGGACGUGGGCCAGAGCUGCGGCUACAGCGUGCGCUUCGAGUCCAUCCUGCCAAGGCCCCACGGCAGCAUCCUCUUCUGCACCGUCGGUGUGCUGCUGAGGAAGCUGGAGUCCGGCCUGCGGGGCAUCAGUCACGUGAUCGUGGACGAGAUCCACGAGAGGGACCUCAACUCGGACUUCCUGCUCGUGGUGCUCAACGACGUGAUGCGCACGUUCCCGGACGCGCGCAUCGUCCUCAUGUCGGCCACCAUCGACACGACGAUGUUCAGCGAGUACUUCGGCUGCUGUCCCGUCAUCGAGGUGCACGGGCGAACGUUCGCCGUGCAAGAGUACCUGCUGGAGGACUGCAUCCAGAUGACGAACUUCGUACCGCCCCCUCCGGACAAGCGCAAGAAGGACCGGGACGACGACGGCGGUGGAACUGACGAGGAGGUGAACUGCAACCAGAUUUGCGCCGCCGGCUACUCGGAGGCUACUAAGCGCGCGAUGGUGCAGCUCAGCGAGAAGGAGCUGUCCUUCGAGCUGGUGGAGGCGCUGAUCCGCUACAUCGGCACGCUCAGCGUGCACGGCGCCAUCCUCGUUUUCCUGCCCGGCUGGAACCUCAUCUUCGCGCUGCAGAAGUACCUGGAGAACCUGCCACACUUCGGUGAGGCCGGGGGGGACUUGUCGUGGUGGCGAGUUGCUUCGUGGAAGCCGUGGAGUCAAGCCUAUGAGUCUCACCCCUAGCCAUAGUGUCAACCC